CGCGCAGAGCUUUUGCAUUAAUCUCCUUUUUUGGCUGGGUGCUCUGCCGCUUGAAGGGUGGAGCGGUCUUCCAGUCGCGUUCUUCACGCGUUGCGCCCACCUAGCCUGGCAGCCUCCUCCUCCUCCACACGGGAGCUCGAAGCCACAAAUGCCAGCCCGUCUUUCUCCCGCCCCGAGUCGCUUCGCUCCACUCCUGCACGGCCGCCCUUGGAGGCGGGGGUAAGGCUGAGGCCGCCCUUUCCUCUCAGCCGUCCAGGGCCCGAGUUGUCGCCCUGGAAACCAGCAACAUCUCCGGCUUCCCAGGACUGCUGAGGCGAAAGCGUAAAUAUGUCAGAGAUCAUGAAGGAUAAAGCCACCCACUUGGCCAAGAACAGAGGCAGCGUAUCUUCUUUGGGGAGCCAUGAAAUCAGAGCAAAGGAUUUCUUUGGUAGAUACAAAGACUCUGUAAGUACUGUGUCAUACAUGGAUGAACAUGGCCACCAUGAGGAUAGUCUGCGUCCAGCUAUUCAGUUGGAGAACACAUAUCAAUUAGGUCCUACAAAGUAUUUCCCAAUCACGGCUGUGAAUAAUAUCUUGAAGGAUGUGGUAGUAAGUUAUCUACAGGAAGAACAAUAUGAAGCAGAGUUGUGCAGGCAAAUGACAAAAACUAUAUCUGAGGUAAUAAAAGCCAGGAUAAAAGACCUGAUGGUACCAAGAUUCAAAAUUAUUGUGAUUAUAUACAUUGGACAGCUAGGUAAACAGAGCAUGCAGAUUGGAAGUAGAUGCCUUUGGGACACUACAAGUGAUACUUUUUCUUCAUACUCCUUUAAAAAUAGAUCAUUGUUUGCUCUUGCAAAUGUCUAUGCUCUUUACUCUGAAUGAUACAAAAAAUGUGAGCUGAAAAACAAACUAGAUCUUAUUCUUGAAUUACACUUCUAUCCACAUUAACAUGAUACGUUGCAUUAAUCAACUAAUGUGCAUUGUUGCUAUGUUUGCUAAAUAAUCUAUUAAUUAUGGAAGAAAAAGUUUAUGGAAGAAAAACUUUUUGAGACACCACUAUUGUAAUUGCAAUUAAUGACACAGGGCUUUUGGUCCUGAAUACAGUGGUAGUUAAAAAUUUGUGAACCCUUUUGACUUUUCAGUGGUUCUGCAUAUUUGCACAUGUGCAAAUGACAAAUGUGUCAUUUAGAAGCAUUUUGCUCAACAAAUAAAUGAACAAAUAUGUUCUUGACUCAUUAGUUUAAUUGAGUUCUCUUUAGUGUGGAGAACAGGUCCUAUUUUCAGUAAUAUUUGUGCAGAAAUAUUGAAAAUUCAGAAGGGUUCACAAACUUUUAAGCACCACUACAGGUUUUCAGAAAGAGAUUCAGUAUCCUUGAUGGAAUAAUAGGUUUAAAUGUGAGAUCCAAUUACAUUCUUGAAUAAUUAUUGGUGUAUAAGCGUAAGCAGAUUUAUUUAUACUUAUACAGAUAAUUAGUUUGAAAAGUAAGCUGACCCAUUUGAAACACAGUUUGGCUUUUCAGAGAAAUGUAUAUGUUAAUAGAAAGGCAAUGGGAAACCAUAUGGUACUGUGCAAAUUAGAUAAUAGCAGUAGUAAUUGAAGUGUUG